GGUAAUGAAUCGGAGACUGUUAUGCCUCUGUGAUGUGACAGAUCACGUUACAACAACGGAAACUUCUCAAGUCUACCACAUCGUUUAUAGCGGAUACAUUUUUUCCAGGUUUUUUUUAACUUGAAAAGAAUAACGAGUGAAUUAAAGAGGGGAUCACACUUCUCUCACAAUCCUGUGACAGCAGUCAUGCCUCUAAGACUACGUAUCUUCUCUCUCAACUGCUGGGGAAUUCGUUACCUUAGUAAGCACCGCGCUGAACGAUAUGUCAUGAUUGGAGAUCUGCUAAGCAAGGAGCAGUAUGACGUGGCAUUACUGCAGGAGGUUUGGAGUGAAAAAGACUUCUACUUCUUGAAAACGAAGCUUAGCAGCACACUUCCUUAUUCCCAUUAUUUUAAAAGUGGAUUUUUUGGAAGUGGACUGGCGGUCUUUUCCAGGCACAGAAUCCAUGAUGUCUUUCUCUACAAAUACUCCUUAAAUGGUUACCCCUACAUGGCCCAUCAUGGAGACUGGUUCGGGGGUAAAGCUGUUGGGAAAUUACUACUGAAUAUCAGUGGGUUGAUGGUGCAUGUCUAUGUCACUCAUCUGCAUGCUGAGUAUUCCAGAGAACAAGAUUCCUAUCUCUCUCACAGAGUGGUGCAAGCCUGGGAACUCCAAAACUUUAUACGACACACAUGUGCUGGGGCAGAUGUGGUGAUAUUAGGGGGAGAUUUGAACAUGCAUCCUGAAGACCUCGGUGUAAAAUUGCUGCGCAGCUACGCUGGACUUCGGGACUGCUUUAUUGAGACAGCUAGCUUUGAAGGAUGUGAACAUGGAUUCACCCAUAUAACAGACAACCCAUUCACAAAUACUCAUGAACUUAGUCCAUUCGGAGGAGGAAUCCGUAUCGACUACAUCUUAUUCAAGGGAUCAGGGAGAGUGGAGGUGAGCUGUAAUUCUAUGUCUACUACUAAGGGCUUCGUUCCUGGGUAUGACUUCCCUUACUCAGACCAUGAAGCUCUUAGCACUGAGCUGCUGCUUUGCCCUUUGAAAUAUGAGAAGGGAGAAACAGACUGCAAUGCAGCCAGUCUUUCUGAGCUGAUAAACAUUGUGACAGAGGCUCGUACGGAGGUGAAGGUAGGCCUGCACUGUGCUGAGCGCAUGCGCCACACGGCUGCACGCACAGGGUUUAUGGGCCUGGCCUUGCUGCUGCUGGAGAUGGCCAUAGCUGCUGUGCCAGUAUUCUCGCUCGGAGCUGAAAAGCCUUUCCCCAAAGCUUCUUUCUACCUACUGGGGGCACUGUGCUUUGCCAUCCUUCUCUCUGCUCUCUUCCUGUACAUUUUUUACAGCAUGGAGGUGAAGUCCCUAGAAGGUACAGAGGACCAGAUGAGGCUUGCAGUAGGUAGCCUGCAAGAACAACUGAAGGAGCUACCUAAGGUUAUAGAUGAGGACGAUUCUCAAAGGGAGCCUGACGCUGUAGAACCAGAAGACUGAAUAACCAUGAUUCAAGAUUCAAAAUGUGAACACUUAACUAAAUGUCUUGGGCAUUUCCCACCUGUGUGCACAAGUUUAAGCUGAACCACACUCCACAGCAUUCUGAUAGUAUCUGCCUCAUUUUGGAUAGUUACAAAUCUGACUGAUAGAUCUUAUUCUCUCUAUGCUCCCAAUCACACCUCCCAAUUUGAGACGCAAGUAUCUGCUCCUCAUACUGUAGCUACUUUCAUUGUCUAAUGUUUCUUUCAUUUAAGUUUUGUUAACAGACCACCAUAUGCUUAAACCAGUCUGUAAAGAUUAAUGUAAAAUUGUUUGCGAGACAAUUGAAAAGAAAUGCAGAAGAAAAUCAGAAUAAUAAAUGGAAACAUUUGACCAGCAGAAAUUAUUUAUGUAAUCACAAAUGAUCACUGAGGACACGUUCAAAAUGGCAGGUGUGAGCGAGUGGCUAUUUAUCUCUGCUGUCUACUUGUGAUUCAAUCACACAGGACACAUAAUGCCAGCUGUGAAUGGGGCAUAUCUCUUACUGACUUGCUUACUUGAGUAGGCUAUAUAUUCUUCACAAAGGGGAGUUAUUAGCACCACAGGCCAAAAAGCUUGUGUGUGGAAGUUUUUAUUAAUAAAACUAUGUGUCAUAAUGAUGAGAUUGCAGACCAGCAUAUAACUAAUGGAUAGACGUCUGUCUCAGGAACUUGAUCGGACCAAUUAUCUUGCUUGGUCACAAAUGGAGAAGAACAAUAAUCAAGAAUAUCACUGAAAGAUAAUAGUAACCAAAUUGUAAGCAAUAACACUGUACUGUAUAAGCAAAUAUAUACCACAGCCCUGAUUCUCCAUUUUGAUUAGUCAGAAUGGGUUUCUUAAUUUCCAUUAUCACCCUGCUGUUUAUUAUUUUCCUAUAACAGCACACCCCAUCAUGUUUAUCCCUAACACUUCCAUGUCACAUGAGAAAAAUCUUAUUUAUUGUAGCAAGUAAGGCGUAUAUUCUUUUUACAUUGCCAUUAUGGGUUUUUAUUAAUUUAACUAACAACACAUUUGAUUUAUCAGGCCCAGAAGAUAUAUAUCUAUAUUAUUUUAUUUUAUUUUUUUCAGAAUGUUUUUUUUUCCUUUACGUAGUUUAAUGGCCUGUUAAAUUGUUUCUGAUUAACACUUGUAUUUGAUGUUUACACAAACUUUAACAAGUUAGAACUACACAUUUGAAUUUAUGUCUUAAAAUAACAUUUACACUUAACUCUGUACUGUAAUCAUUCACUCCGAUUUUAAUCAUUCACUCCCAUUUAAUCACUUGACCAUGUACACCUACCACAACAUCACUUUCAAUGUAAUCGUGUUUGCAUACCUCAUAUAUCUCAGUACACAUAUGGUAUUGUCUGCUUUCUGUAAACCCUAUAUGCAUUACAUUUUACUCAUUCAUCUGAGUAUGAUUUCAGUUGUUUCAACAGAUGCAGUUUUUAGAUGAAAUAAAUUAUUCUUAUUAAAAAUGCAAA